AUGCCUCAUGCACAUCACGCCGGCUUGGUGAUGCGAAAUCACGUUCGUCGGGAUGUCAUCCCUCCACAUCGGUUGCCAUUCUUGGUCCCCAGUGCCUCCUCUAUAGCCACCAAGCUUCCAUCCCUCGUGGCAAGAUCCGAAUCAACUGCGGCGAUUACGGGAGAAAAGCCCACCAGCAAUCUGACAACGACGGUCUUACCUGUCGUGCUCGGUGCAGGUCUUCCCAUUUUGUGUGCUAUUAUCGUUCUCGUUAUGCUUCACCGGAGACAUGUCAAGAAACUUCUGCGGGAAGAUGCAAUGGACAAACAUAAAUCUCUCGAUUUUGGAAUGGAUACAGUGGGGCCUGCAACCAGGAGGAAAGGCCCUGGAAUGCCCCCAAUGUCAGAACCAGCCCAUACCAAAGGAUUGUCUCUUGAUGUCGGUCCAUAUCUGAUGCCUCCGAACCUGAAAGGUUCCCCGGAGUCUCUGCGCUCCAUGUCAAUAGAUGAUGACAAAUACCGUCCGGCCACUGCCUCCAUUCGGUCGUACCCCAGGGGUUCCCGAUUGGGAGGUGCCGAUGACGGCAAUUCAGGUCUUCUGCAGAAUGCACAGAGGAUGUCUCGUUCAUCUCCGCCGCUGUACUCCUCCCCCAUCGAAUCUCAUGGACGCACUUCUCCGAACCAGCACAAUGACUACCUUGGGCAAGUUCCCGGGGUGACACAUCCACCUGCCGCACACCAACCUGGCAUGGCUAUUGGAAGUCCCAAUGCCAACAGGAUUCCCUCACCAGAGCCCCUGCCCCAUCUGGAUUCCUCUUCGGGCCUAAACUUCGGAUUGGAUGAUACAUACGGCAACACAUAUAACAACCAGCACGAAGAGCGCCUGAACUUCCCGCUGCCUGAGCCUUCACAGUCACGAGACUUGAGCCAUGACCAGGCUCCUGCAUCACAGCUUCCUCGUAUUUCCCUGCCGGCCAGCGAUGUUACCAGUAGUGACUAUGGCGAUGACCGCAAGUCGCAAUACAUUCUCCCUGCGGUCAACAUCCAUGGCACAGAAGACGUACAGCAACAUAAUGCCCCAAGCCACGAUAACAAGCAUCCAGAACUCCCAGAGGAACCUCAAAAUCUGGAUGCGGCAUAUGAUAACCGCCGCGAUACCCGCCGGAUGACUCUCGGAUUGCGCCCGUUGCCCCCAGAAGACCCCGCCGACAACCCAGAACAGCGUGCCAAUCGGAUUCGAUCCUUCUACAAGGAGUACUUCGAUGAAAGCAAGACCGGCCAGGAGCCCACAUACUACGAGGACUUCGGUCCCGAGUUCUAUGAGGGUGGUGGUAAUGCAGCUGGUUUCAUCUAUGACCCAGCCACCGGCGAAUAUUAUGACGCCACCCAUGGUGCUGCUCCAUUCGCUGAGCCGAUCACCCGUCGCGCGAUGACACCGCCGCCCCGCGCACCUCCACGCUUCCAGGGAGCCGCUCGCCACAUGGCCACCAACUCUGCUGGCCACAACGGCAUGCCCGGCCCACGCGCCUUCUCAUCUGCCUCCGGCCGUAUGCCCGGCCCACGCGGUCCUAAGAAACCGAUCCCACCUCCCUCCCCGCUGCAUGUCCUACCUACUCCUCACAUGUUGACGGAUGACUCCCUCAUGACUGCCAUGGACUUUGCCCCGGCACAUGGAUUCAGGGACCGCCGCGCGGGUCGCCCCGAGACACCCACCGGUGGCAUGCGCCCCUACGUCCCUGGUGUGCGUGCCCACACGCCACUGGUCUCUGCCUUUGAUGAGCUCGCCGUGAUGCCCAGCCCUCACGCCCUGCGCAAGUCUGGCACGUUCACCAACCUGGACUUUGUGCCCCCGCCCCGGUUCAAGAACGAGGGCGGUACCGGCAGCGACGCGGGUAGUAUCCGCAGUGCUCGGACUGUCGUCUCUGCUAACCACCAGAAUAAUAUCCGCAUGGGCAACUACCGUGUCAGUCGUCUGCCGGCCGAGGCGGUCGGCACUAAGGACGACAUGAUGGCCAGUCUGCGUCCAAAGUGGGAUAUGAACAACGCAUAA